UCAUUUUGCUGAUCAUUUCAUCAAAUGACAAAUACUCGCUCCAUGCUCCCUCUUGUUGCUCUGAUUUUGUUUCCAUAUUUUGUUUCUUCUUCAUCAACCCAAUCACCCAACAUCACCACAGAUCAGUCUGCUCUUCUCGUACUCAAAUCUCGUAUAACUUCCGACCCUCGAAACCUCUUAUCAACCAACUGGUCCAUCACCACGCCGGUCUGCAGUUGGAUCGGCGUCACCUGCGGAUCCAUGAACGUUAGAAUCACGGCUUUAAAUCUCACAGGCAUGGCUCUGGUAGGGACCAUCCCACCGGACCUGGGAAAUCUUUCUUUCUUGUCAAGCCUCACCAUUCUUAACAACAGUUUCCAUGGCUCAUUACCCAACCAAUUGGCUAAUCUGCGUCGGUUGAGCCACAUGAACUUGGGGAACAACCAAAUCAGUGGGGAAGUCCCGUCGUGGUUUGGUUCUUCCUUCACCCGUCUUCGAACCUUGUAUCUAUUUGGAAACAACUUCACGGGUUUAAUCCCAUCGUCUCUGUGCUAUUUACCAAAGCUGGAGAUUUUGAAUUUGAACAGAAACAAUCUGCAAGGCCGGAUUCCUGUCGGGUUUGGAAACAUUUCCACCUUGAAGAUAUUGUCUUUGGAAAGUAACCUGCUUUCAGGUCAAAUCCCUGGGACGAUCGGUGAUCUUCUGAACUUAGAGAUGCUUAGCUUUUCAUGGAACAACUUAACAGGGCCUGUGCCUUCAAGUAUUGGGAACUUGACAUUUCUGAGUUCCCUUGACUUUUCUUAUAAUAGCUUGUCAGGUACACUUCCAUUUCAGUUUGGAAACCUAGAGAAUCUAGAAAUCUUAUUUUUGGGACAUAAUAAUUUCACUGGUUUCAUCCCUCCUUCGAUCUUUAACAUGUCUACUACAAGAGUUAUUUGGCUUGGUUUCAAUCAACUCUCCGGCCAGCUUCCACCAGUUACGGGUCAUGGACUUCCGAAACUCGAAGGGCUUUAUCUUGAGAUAAAUGAACUCAUUGGACCGAUCCCAAGUUCCAUCUCCAAUGCCUCUAAACUUAUUUAUCUUCAGCUAACGAACAAUUCCUUUUCCGGGCUUGUUCCAAGCACGUUUGGCAAUCUAAAAGAUCUGCAACACUUCGACGUAGGACAUAACAAUUUAAGUAGCGACCCUGAAUUGAGCUUUCUCUCAUCGUUGACAAACUGUAAAGACUUGCAAGUUGUGAUAUUUGAUGAUAAUCCUUUGAUCAGCGGUGAACUUCCGGUUUCUGUGGGGAAUUUAUCUGCUUCUGUAACCCUUUUCUAUGCUUCUCAUUGCAGCAUUAAGGGCCGGAUCCCAAGUGAAAUCGGAAAGUUAAGGCGGCUGUUUUGGUUGGGGCUUGAUCACAAUGAGUUUACUGGAACAAUGCCUGCAACACUUGGGAAUUUGAGUGACCUUCAAAAUGUUAGCCUUGGGAGUAAUAAGCUACACGGAUCGAUCCCGUCCGAGUUAUGUCAUUUGCGGAGUUUGGCUUACUUGACUCUCACGGAUAAUGAACUAUCUGGACCGAUUCCAGCAUGCUUAGGUGAUGUUGUUUCUCUGAGAAAUCUGUUCUUAGGCUCAAAUAAGUUUACUUCGAUUCCGUCGACCUUGGCGAGACUUAAUGGUAUCUUGUUCCUGGAGUUAUCUUCAAAUUCCCUAACUGGUUCUCUCCCGGUUGAUAUUGGGAACUGGAAGUCUGUGACCAAUUUGAAUUUGUCUGAUAAUCGGUUCUCCGGUGCUAUCCCGAGCAGCAUUGCUGGUCUCAUGCACCUAACUCAUCUCUCCUUAUCUGGUAACAUGUUACAGGGCUCUGUUCCUCAGUCUUUCUAUGAGUUGACAAGUUUGGAGUACUUGGAUUUGUCGAGAAACAACCUCUCAGGAUCGAUCCCGAAGUCGUUAGAGAAUCUACGAAAUCUCAAAUAUUUGAAUGUCUCUUUCAAUAGACUCACAGGGGAAAUUCCGAACGGAGGGCCGUUGCAGAACUACUCAAGCCGAUCAUUCAUAGGCAAUGAAGAGUUGUGUGGUUCACCACAGUUUCAAGUCCCACUCUGCAGAACUGAUGAUCCCUCUAGAAGGUCCGGGAGUUCCAAGCUUUUAUUAUAUAUCCUACCUGCAACCGGCUCGGUGAUAUUAAUAUCGACCAUGGUCAUUGUCCUUUUACGAUGUCGAAGUUUGAAAGAUGAAGUGCACGAUGAUUUGCUACCAUUGGCUGAAUGGAGAAGGGUUUCUUACCAUGAUCUCCAUGAAGCCACCGAUGGAUUUUCCGAAAGCAAUUUACUAGGAGCAGGGAGUUUUGGGUCAGUAUACCAAGGGACUCUCCCAACCGGGAUGACCAUUGCGGUAAAAGUCUUCGAUACAAAUCAAGAUAGAGCCCUUAAAAGCUUCGAUGUCGAGUGCGAGGUACUUCGCAACAUCCGUCAUCGAAAUUUGGUUAAAAUCAUCAGUAGUUGCUCUAACAUCGAAUUCAAAGCUUUGGUACUCGAGUUCAUGCCCAAUGGAAGCUUGGAGAAGUGGCUUUAUUCUCACAACCAUGAUCUGGAUAUUUCGAAAAGGCUGAACAUAAUGAUCGAUAUCGCAUCGGCACUGGAAUAUCUCCACCACAAUCACACCCCACCGGUCGUUCACUGCGAUUUAAAGCCAAACAAUAUCCUCCUGGACAAAAGCAUGGUCGCACACCUGGGUGAUUUUGGCAUUGCAAAACUCUUGGGUGAAGAAGACUUAAUGACACAAACCAAGACACUAGCAACUAUAGGUUAUAUGUCACCAGAAUACGGUUCAGAAGGAAUUGUUUCAACCAAAUGUGAUGUGUAUAGUUUCGGGAUUCUUGUUAUGGAAACUUUCACCGGAAAGAAACCAACAAACGACAUGUUUGCCGAAGAAAUGAGCCUAAAAUGUUGGGUGAAAGAAUCAUUACCGUUUGAAGUAGAUCAUGUUAUGGACACUAAUUUGCUAAAUACGGUAGAUAGAGAAGGAUUAGCGGUAAAGGAUUGCGUAUCUUCCGUCCUGCAAUUAGCCCUGCAAUGUUCGGCCGACUUAGCAGAGGAGAGGAUUGAUAUUGAAGAAGUUGUUGCCAGGUUGAAGAAGAUCAAAGCCAUGUACUUGAAUCAAGUUCAAGUUGAACAUGUUUAA